AACGCUGUGAUGGCAUACAGUGUGGACAGGGUGCUGUGUGUGACAAGCAUACUGGACGUUGCCUUUGUCGUCCAUUCUUUAUUGGAAAUCCCAAUGUACUCUGUGUUCCUCCUCCUCUAGCUCCAGUAUGCUCCCCUACUUGUGGAGUUAAUGCUCACUGUGCCUAUGGAAAACCUAAUAGAUGUAUCUGUAACCAGGGCUUCAGUGGAAAUCCUUAUGAAAGCUGUGGUUCAGUACAACGCUGUGAUAAUACAAAAUGUGGAAGCAAUGCAAACUGUGUGGAAGGACUGAGUCGAGUAGACUGUGUUUGCCCUGCUGGUCUCCAAGGAAACCCUUUCUUAGGAUGCAUUGAUGUAGACGAGUGUUUGAUAGGACCGAGUUCCUGUGGCGUUGGAGCAACUUGUAUCAACAGUGUGGGAAGUUUCUUGUGCGUAUGUCCACCAGGCACUGUGGGAAAUCCAGAAUUUGCUUGCACUAAGAUCAUUGAAUGUAAGCCUGGAGCAAGAUGCCCCUGUGAACUUGAUGCCUCUUGUCCAUCUGGUGAAUUCUGUAAAGGAGGUUACUGUAUUAAUUCUUGUGAAAUUGUGACUUGUGGACCAGGGGCAUACUGUAAAGAUGGCGAAUGUCAUUGUAAAGAAGGCUUAAUUGGUGAUCCAAAAGAUGUUUUUCGUGGAUGUGUUCCCAUUGAAGUCGAUGAAUGUCACGAAGAUUCUCAGUGUCCACGAAGAUCAAUUUGUGAGCGUAACAGUAAAGGAAUUAAAAAAUGUGUUGAUGUCUGUGUCAAUUUGCAGUGUGGCAUUAAUGCUGAAUGUUCUGUUAGAGGAAGAAAAGGCACUUGUAUUUGUAUACCAGGCUAUGAAGGUGACCCUCAUGAUCUCUAUCAUGGAUGUCAACCUCCAACUCCCCAUGCUUGUGACAGUGACAGAAGCUGUCCAGAUCCUCAUGUGUGCAGGCCAGAUAAAAGUGGUAUAAGACAUUGUAUCAGCGUGUGUAUUGAUGUAAAGUGUGCAACUAAAGCCCAGUGUAUAGGGCAAGGUCAUCAAGCAUUUUGUGAAUGUCUCCCUGGGUUCAUUGGUAAUCCAUUUGACUUUGUCAGAGGAUGUUAUCCUCCGCCUCAAGACAAAUGCCGAAGUAAUAAUGAAUGUUCCAGCAAUACAGUUUGCCAGCUUCUACCUAGUGGCAUCAAAGAUUGUAUUGAUGUUUGUAUUGGAUUCCGUUGUGGACUUAAUGCUGAGUGUUUUGGUAAGCUUCAUCAACCAGUUUGUGAAUGUUUGCCAGGUUUCCUUGGUAACCCCCAGGACCACCAACGUGGAUGUCAGCCUCCUUCUCCAAACGUUUGUGAAGAUGACAGUGGAUGUAUAGGAUACAAGUUGUGUCGUCCUGAUGACAAUGGAAUCAAGAACUGUUUUGAUGUCUGUGAAAACACUCGAUGUGGCCCAAAUGCCAACUGUAUUGGUAGAAACCAUCGACCAGAAUGUCAAUGUUUGCCAGGUUUCCAUGGCAAUCCUAGUGACUUUUCCCGAGGUUGUGAGCCUAUUCCCCAAGAUAAAUGUGGAAGUAAUACCGAAUGUUUUGGAGAACAAGUUUGUAGAUCAACAGAUAUUGGAAUUAGGGAUUGUAUUGAUGCUUGUGCAACUAAAGAAUGUGGACCAAAUGCACAGUGUCUUGGUGUUGAUCACUCUGCCUUUUGCGAAUGUCUGCCUGGAUAUUCAGGAGACCCAGACAAUCCAAUCCGUGGAUGUCAACGAGAUCGGUGUACCUCGAGUCAGGACUGCCCUAACAGUCAGGUCUGUCUGAGACUUAAGCCUAAUGGUAUCAAAGAUUGCAUUGAUGCAUGUCAGAUGAAACACUGUGGGCCAAACUCUGAGUGUGUCCCUACCCAACAUCAAGCAUAUUGUGAAUGCAAACCUGGAUUCGAAGGUAGCGGGGAUGACUUGCGAACUGGUUGCAAACCUCGAGAUAAGUGUAAGACAGACAGUGACUGUCUUCAAACUGAAGUUUGUCGUCUUAAUAAAAAUGGCAUCAAAGACUGUUUAUCUGCUUGCUUAGAGACGUUAUGUGGACAAAAUGCCAGAUGUACAGUUUCUGCACAUCGGGCUGUGUGCACUUGUGAUGUUGGAUAUACUGGAGAUGCUUAUAACCAGGAAGUUGGAUGUAAAACUCUUCCAAUCCAUUUGUGUACAUACGAUGACGACUGUCCAUCUAACGCCAUGUGUCGUGCUGAUCCAGAUGGAGUUAGGGACUGCUACGAUGCUUGCCAAACUAAAAUAUGUGGACCACAUGCAAAAUGUAUAACAGUGGAUCAUCAUCCUCAGUGUCUGUGCAUUGAAGGCUUUGUUGGGGAUCCAUAUAACAAUGAUAUAAAAAGAAAUAAUUUGAAUCUAAUUUCAAUUCAUCUUCUCUAUGUGGUAUGUGUUUAUGCUGAGUGCGGUCCACAUGCGAUCUGCAAAGGUCUGGGUCAUGAAGCUAUUUGUUACUGUCCAGAAGGUACCACAGGAAAUCCAAAGGAUAAAAUAUCUGGAUGUCAACCCAUCAACAUCAACAUUUGUGACAGUGAUGAUGAUUGUUCUGUCAAUGAUAUCUGCAGACAAAACCAUGAAGGCAUCUUGGACUGCUUCGAUGCAUGCCAGUUCAUACAGUGUGGCCCAAAUGCUGAAUGUAUUACGACGUAUCACAAAGCACACUGUGAGUGUUUACCCAACUAUAUAGGUGACCCCAGUAACCUGCUUAAUGGAUGUAAACCACCAACAAGAGAUGAAUGCCAGAGAGAUCAGGACUGUCCAAGGCCAGGAGAUGUAUGCAAGUCUGACAACAGUGGUAUCAAAAAGUGUGUAGAUGCUUGUCGUUAUGUCAGUUGCGGAGACCAUACCCACUGUGUAUCCAAGGACCACCAUCACGAAUGUCAGUGUGACCAAGGCUUUGUUCGAGAUCCCAAUAACUUUAUGGCCUGUAUUUCAAAAGGACCUGACCAGUGCGAAGAAGACUUACAUUGUCCUACAUUCCAGUCUUGCAAACCCAAUGACCUUGGAAUCCUCAAAUGUGCAGAGGUUUGCAUUGAUUUCUCUUGCACACCAAAUUCUGAUUGUGUCGCUCUCAACCAUCGUGGACAGUGUCGUUGCGGAGAUGGCUUCACUGGUGACCCCAACACUAGAGAUGGAUGCCGUCCUAUUAAUCCCAAUGAGUGUGAGAUUGAUGAGGAUUGUAUUUCAAACAGCCACCAGUGUCGUCACGACCUCCAGCCUUAUAGAUGUAUUGAUGCUUGUGAAAAAAUAAGGUGUGGCCCAAAUGCAGCAUGUGUAGCUCAUAAUCACAAAGCUCGCUGUGAGUGUCCAUCUGGCCUCUUCGUAGGCGAUCCGCAUGAUUUUAUCAGGGGUUGUCAAAAAGUGGAAUGCUUAACGGAUGACCAUUGUCCAAGUGAUAGAGCAUGUGCCCCACAAAACUACUGCUUUGACCCCUGUGUGAAUGGUUGUGGUGUUCGAGCUUUGUGUCUGGUCCAAAACCACAAAGCUAUUUGUCGUUGCCGGCCAGGAGAAACAGGGGACCCAUACACUAACGGCUGUGAAAUAAUCAGAUACUGUGACUCUCACCCUUGUCACCCUAAGGCCAAUUGUUUCGAGGCCCCAGGUUCCUAUCGAUGUGAAUGUCAACCUACUUACAUUGGAGACCCAUACACUGAAGGCUGCCGUCAUCCAAACUCUUGUCCCAAUGGAGAUGUUGACUGUCCACCUGAUGCUGCUUGCCUUCCUGAUCAAUCUGGAGAACGUAUGUGUAAAAACCCGUGUGAUCUAAUUUCUUGUGGACCAAAUGCUGUGUGUGAGGUCAUUAAUCAUAAAGCAUUAUGCAGCUGCCCUCCUGGUUUUCGUGGCAACCCUGAGCCAAUUGUAGGAUGUUUGAGAAUUUCUCAUAUCUGUUUAGCAGCUGAAGAGUGUGGACCAAAUGAAGCUUGUGUUGAUGGCCAGUGUAGGCUCUUCUGUAGUCGAGAUAGUGAGUGUGCCUUAGGAGAGAAGUGCAUCAACAAUCGUUGUGUGACACCCUGCUUUGUCCACUCCGGUUGUCCCCCGAAAGAAGCAUGUAUACAAAAAGGCUUUUGUCAGAUUGGAUGUCGCCAGAACAGUGACUGCGCUUUGAAUGAAGCCUGCAUUGAGAAUAGAUGUAAGAACCCCUGUGAAAUUCGAGGUAUUUGUGGACCAAAUGCUAUCUGUCAAGUAAGAAAUCAUAAAGCUGGUUGUACUUGUCCUCCAGGAUUUGAAGGAAACCCCUCGCCAAUCCUUGGCUGCAAACGUACCCCUCACAUCUGUUCUCCGGAAAGACCAUGCCCACCACCGAUGGUUUGUAUUCAUGAACGUUGUCGAGCUCCUUGUGAUAACUGUGCUGAUGGUGAAAGAUGUAUCAACAAUGUAUGUAUGGCUAUUUGCACCAGUGACAGCAACUGUCCCUCAGGAGAGAUUUGUAUUAACCAACAUUGCAGAGUUGGUUGCCGAAGUGAUAGUGACUGUCAUUUGAAUCAGUUCUGUGAAACAAACAGAUGUAACUGUAAACCAGGGUUUAAACCUACUCCAACAGGUUGUGAAGAUAUCAAUGAAUGCCUAACAAACCCAUGUCAUCCAACGGCUAUCUGUCAGAACACUCCAGGAAGCUAUUUCUGUCGCUGCAAAGAUGGUGAUAUUGGAGAUGGAUACACGGAAUGUCGUAGUCCGGGAGAGUGUCCUAGUGGCGAUGUUGAUUGCCCUCCUAAUGCAGCAUGUGGGAAGGAUGAAAAUGGAAUACCGAAAUGUAUAAAUCCUUGCGAUGAAAUUCCAUGUGGACCAAAUGCUCUGUGUACUGUUCAUGACCAUGUUCCUCAGUGUUACUGUCCCAAAACAGGUCUUUUCACUGGUGAUCCUUAUGACAAAAUCAGAGGAUGUAUCAGAGUUGACUGUCUGCAUGAUGCAGAUUGCCCAGCUAAUCGUCAGUGUCUCGAGUUUGUUUGUGAAAGACAAGCUUGA